AGGUAAAGUUGUCGUAUGUGUGUAUACAUAUAUAUGUAUAUAUGCAUGCCUCUCGAGUCUAUCGGGGCAAUACCGGCCUCGCGAUUGGGCUUCCUCUUUUCUGAAUCCAAAUUCUCCAUGCAUGUCCUGCCUGCCAUCCACGCGCACGUCCUACGUCUUAGCGAUGGAACACCGAGUGAACUGAUCAUCAUGAUUCACCAAAGACGCCGUCAUAUGCAACGCAUGUAACACAGCACAUGCGCUGUAGAUUGUUUAUCGUGACCCUCUCCCGCCGCCGUUCGAGACCCCUCGAGCGACUUGCAGUCCGAGCCCGCGGCGGCCAAGGCGGAGGAGGGGGAGAGCAAUGCUAAUCUCGAGUUCCAGCAGGUUAGGCGGUCCUGUCUCUCGCCCGCCCGCGUUAGUAAGAGGCAGGUAUCGUGAUCGCCAGCGAAGCAAGCAACCCUUGCAACCGGAUACAAUACCUAAGGUAGAGACAUGUACAUACACACGCGCGCGCUCUGUUCCGAAGAUCUAGGCUCUUUCUUUCCCAAUCACCUGGAAUUAUCGCAUCAUAUGGUGUGGUGUGUGGAGCUGGGGUCUCUCGCGACGCCCCGUGUACUAGUUAUUCACUUAUACGAUCCCUUCCCUUUCCGCUCGACUGCUACCUACGAACCUAUCCAGCUGAGCCCGCCCGAUUCUCUCCCAGAUGCAGCCAGCCAGAUGCAACAUCCCCUCCCCCCUCCUCUUUCCCAAGAAGCUCACAGCCCGGGGCGGUGCUGACCGUAGCAGGUGCUGCUGAUACGGAUGGCGUCAAAUCUCUGGCGGCGGGAAAAUCACAGGGCAGGGCAGGGCAGGGUCCCCGAAAUAGCCACGAGCUUCCGUGGGGGUGACAUGUCCACUUCGGCGUCUUGUUUCCGCCGCCUAUCUCUCUCUCCCUCUUGGCGGUGAAUCCCGACCCAAGACACCGCUUUAUGUCCCGUGGGCGUCAACCACUCCUCACCAUCGUUCUAUAGAGCUAUGAUUGUGGGCGACUCGUACGUACCGCUGGCACGAUCCCAAGAAGUACGGAACCGUGCGCCAAGGGCGAUUGGCCCACCGCUGCAACCUCGCCUGCAUGUGCCUGGCAACUCUCUUUGCUGAUCGUGCCCUCGCUGGCCUUGGGUCUCCUUCACGCUCGGCCAAACAUAGAACCGCUGGGCCGAAGCAAACAACUGACUCGCUACCGAGGCCGUCGAUCGCCGCGCUGGGUUCUGGCUGUCGUCGGCUACAAGCUGCACAGCAUCGCUGUACUCUAGGCAAGUCUGUCACAUCUUGUACACAUACCUAGCCUCUAGCACGUACAUACCUGUAUAUACACACAUCCAUGCCUACCUACCUAGGCACCCACCUACGUCUACGAGCCGUUGCAACCCACCCCGGUCACCCAAGCUGGUACGCCUGACGGUCAACAGGCUGGCCCUCCGACGAUCGUGUGCAGCGAACUGGGCUGCCGCUUGAGCUUAAUGGCAUCAACCCCUCCACGGGACCGUUGAUCGCUGCUAGCCGGACGAAUGACGGUCCAAAUCAGGGGUCUGCGCUGCCGAUUCACAUCUCUUAGGAUGAGAUGCAAUCGACGCUCGCUGGGCCUGCCCACGACAAGCCACGGCCUCUCCUCGUCGACGCACGCCUAUAUAAGUGUUUACAUAUAGGUACGCGGUACGCGUACACAUGCGCAUACAUAUACAUGCAUUAUACGCAUACACACACACACACACACAUACAUACACACACACACAUAUACACACAUACAUACAUACAUACAUACAGUUAGGGGUGGGCGUUCGCUCGCUGGGCCUUUGUCGCUGUAUCACGCUCCGCCUACCGCUGGGUACUAUAUAAUUCUCUCCAAGGAGAGAGGGGAGGGAGGGAGAAGUUGACUGAGCCGCGUGAGAGAGAUAAGGUCGAAGCUAAUGAUGGUGUUGGUGGCAUCUUGGGCCUGCAUCUACCUUGGGCUAGUCAUGAUUCAGCCCUUUGUUGAAGCCGAUCCACACCUACCAAGUCUUGGAGCCUCAACCAACUAUUUAUGGCCGUGUCAUCUACAUCGGCACACACAUAUGUGUGUAUGUCGUCUGCGUGGAUGGGUGGGGGGAGAGGGAAGUAAUCCAGGCUCAACGGCGACAAAUACCUCUCUCCGUCGGAUGAAUCAUGAAUCCUGGCAAUGCUCACUUGUCUGGAGCUCUGUCUUGCGUAAUACGGUAGGUGGAAGAAAAAAAAUGGUGCAUUUUUUUUCUGCGGGACGGUUUCCCAUCCAAGAAACUGUGAAAUCUGGCCGACCCUUUGACGCAAUCAGCCAGCAAACAACUAGUGGCUUUUUCAUCGUCGUAGGUAAUGCAUGACAAAGGUCAAACUACUACUAUGUAGGUGGGAACCGCUCCGGCGUGAUGGCUCAUUCAUCCGUUAUUAGUGAACGCCUUUUGCUAGUUAUUCUUAAUGCUCUUUCUCCCUCUUUUUUUUUCUCCCGAAAAGCGGGGAGUCUUGGUGUCCUGUUAUUUUCUGUCUUCUCCGUUUCUUUCAGUUAAUGGCGGCGAGCUUGGUGGAUUAAUCGUGUUGGGCCGGGUCCGCCUCUUCACGGUUUUUCCCGAGAUAGCGGCUCAAGACCAAGACUUCUAGAAUACAUAGAGCCAGAUGUUCCCUAUCUUAAGCAAGCCAAGCCAGGCAAGUGAGCCUUGUUGCUUGUGAUCCCUUGACCUGUGGAUCUUGGUGUCGGUGGAUACUCUCUGGUAUCCAUCCAUCCAGGUGGUGCAUACACACAUACCUACAUAUACCGCUCACGGAGACCCAUCAGGCUAGUGGUAUCUCGGACCUCGACAAAAUCUUCAAAAGGACCACGGACAUCGUUAGUAGAUUCCACGUGGGGGUACGCUGGCGUAUCAGACAAGAGGCGCCCAACCGCGCCUCCUAUCUUACCCGGGCAGUAAGAGAAAAGGGGGGAGCGGGAGCGGAAGAGCGAGAUCGUGAUUCCCUCUUCCUCUCCUCCCCCCAGUAACACCAGCGGGUUGCCUUUUUCAGUGCGAGCCAUCUCUGCGUAUGUAGAGUACAUGUCUACCUAUUACCUGCUAUCCCGUUUCAGCCCAGCAACAGGCGUGGCUUUGGGUACCCACCGCUUGCUUGGUGUUCGUCCGCCAUACAUACAUACAUGGGCAUGCAGGACAUAUGCAACCUUGAGUUUGUAGUACAGUCAUGUAGGAGCGACUAUGCUAUGCACAUAUGUAUAUGUAGCCCUAUAUCC